AUGAUAUUACAGUAAAAAUAGAUUCAGAUGAGCAAUUAGACCCUAAUUAUUUUCUAAAAGGAUUCUAAUUCUAAAGAUUUAAAGAAAGGUAAAAAAAAGAAUAAUAGAGUGGAUUUAAAAUAAUAUAGAUCUUUUACUAUUUAUCAAGUUUAGGUAGAAAAGAUAUAGAUAUAAUAUUUGACUUAGUAGAAGGCCAAUUAAUAGUGGCAAAAGAUUAUUCAAACUUGUGACAACAUUAAAUAGUUAAUAUUUAUAUUUAAUCUGGAAAUAAUUGGUUAACAGAUCAAAAGAUGUUCAUUAAGUUUCCUUAGUAGAUAUUCGAAUAGCUAGAGUUGA